UCCUCUCUUGGAGUGAACGUGACUUGUCCAAAAAGGCGCUGCUGCUAAUCUCUUUCUUUCCCUCCUUCCCUCAGUUUUUCUUUUUCUCAUCUCUUUCUUUUCUCCAAUUCCAAAACACUCUUCCUCUUCUUCUCUCUGUACGAAAAUCUAGGGUUCACUAUCAUCACCAUCAUCUUCAUGGAGAGCUUAAUCGGCUUGGUCAACAGAAUCCAGCAAGCUUGCACCAAGCUCGGUGACUACGGCGGUGCCGACAACAACAACUUCGCCGCCUCUCUCUGGGAAGCUCUCCCUUCCGUCGCCGUCGUCGGUGGCCAGAGUUCCGGUAAAUCUUCUGUUCUGGAAAGCAUCGUUGGACGCGAUUUUCUGCCUCGAGGAUCAGGGAUUGUGACGAGACGUCCAUUGGUGUUGCAGCUUCAUAAGCUAGACGAUGACACGGAGGAAUAUGCUGAGUUUCUUCACAUGCCAGGGAGAAAGCUAACCAAUUAUGCCCAAGUCCGCCAGGAAAUUCAGGAUGAAACUGAUAGAUUAACGGGAAAGUCAAAACAAAUAUCUAAUGUUCCAAUUCAUCUUAGCAUUUAUUCUCCUCAUGUUGUCAACCUAACUUUGAUUGAUUUACCAGGGUUGACUAAAGUUGCCAUAGAGGGACAGCCUGAGACAAUUGCUGAAGACAUUGAAAAUAUGGUUCGAUCUUAUGUUGAGAAGCCUAAUUCGAUCAUAUUGGCAAUAUCUCCCGCCAACCAAGACAUAGCAACUUCUGAUGCAAUCAAACUUGCCAGGGAAGUAGAUCCCUCAGGUGAGAGAACAUUUGGAGUUUUGACAAAACUGGAUUUGAUGGACAAAGGAACUAACGCAUUGGAUGUCCUUGAAGGAAGAUCUUAUCGCUUGCAACUUCCGUGGGUUGGUAUAGUAAAUCGAUCCCAAGCAGAUAUCAAUAAAAAUGUUGAUAUGAUUGUUGCCAGACGCAGGGAGCGUGAGUAUUUUGCAACCAGUCCUGACUAUGGGCACUUGGCUCAUAAAAUGGGCUCAGAAUACCUUGCAAAACUUCUCUCACAGCACUUGGAGUCAGUAAUUAAGGCGCGGAUACCUAGUAUAACAUCUUUGAUAAACAAAAGCAUUGAAGAACUUGAAUCGGAGAUGGAUCAUCUUGGGAGACCAAUUGCUGUUGAUGCUGGGGCUCAACUGUACACCAUCCUAGACCUUUGCCGCGCAUUUGAACGGAUAUUCAAGGAGCAUUUAGAUGGAGGGCGGGCAGGAGGAGAUAGGAUAUAUAAUGUCUUUGACAAUCAGCUUCCUGCUGCUCUACGGAAGCUUCCAAUUGACAGACAUCUUUCUCUUCAGAAUGUCAAGAAAGUGGUGUCCGAGGCAGAUGGUUACCAGCCUCACUUAAUUGCCCCAGAGCAAGGUUACCGGCGCCUUAUUGAGGGGGCUCUCAGUUACUUCAGAGGCCCAGCUGAAGCUUCAGUUGACGCAGUUCACUUUGUCUUGAAAGAACUUGUGAGGAAAUCAUUAGCUGAAACUCAGGAACUGAAACGUUUCCCAACUCUUCAAGCGGAAAUAGCCUCAGCUACAAGUGAGGCUUUGGAGAGGUUCCGUGACGAGAGCAAGAAGACAACAGUUCGGCUCGUGGAUAUGGAAGCUUCGUACCUCACUGUGGAUUUCUUCCGAAGACUUCCUGAAGAAAUGGAGAGAGCUGGAAAUCCCUCAAAUCCGGCUGAUCGUGCUAAUCCGCCUAAUCGUGCUAAUCCUGCCAAUCAAGCUGCCCCAAAUGUGGAUCGAUAUGGAGAAGGACAUUUUAGGAGGAUUGGAUCAAAUGUGUCAUCCUAUAUAGGAAUGGUGUCAGACACACUAAGAAACACGAUUCCAAAGGCUGUGGUUUAUUGUCAGGUCAGACAAGCAAAACUGUCAUUGCUAAACCAUUUCCUUACACAAAUAGGACAGAAAGAGCCUAAACAAUUAGCAGAGUUGUUAGAUGAAGACCCUACAGUGAUGGAGAGGAGACAAAAAUGUUUUAAAAGGCUUGAACUAUAUAAAGCAGCAAGGGAUGAAAUCGAUUCUGUUUCUUAUGCACGAUGAGCUUGGUUACUAUUUGACUUGAUUGCCUUCAAUCCCUUGUAUUAUAUGUAGCUGAUAGUGAUCGAUUGUGGGUUGGCUAGACCCAGAUAUGAUGUUUAUAGUUUCGAUUAUUUCAUUGUUUAGCCAUUUUUUAUUCCUUUCUUGGUUGUACUUGUAGUUGAUAUACCUUAAGGCAUGUUCACAAAUAAAAAUGUAGGCGUUUGGAAGGAAGGUUGGAACGGGACGGAACAUGAAAUACAGGUUAUGUUCCAUGUUUAUUACAUUUUUUAGAUGAAACAGAACGUGAAUCAUUCAACAGUA